AGAGAGACGGCGUGGUAACAGUCAACAUGUGCCAUAAAUAUUAACGGUACUCUCACGCUCCCUGUGUCUGUGCCUCUGUCGCCUGCCUCUCGUUCACCCUGUCACCCGGUCGGUCAGCAGUCAGUCGGCACAAAAAAUAAAAAGAACGCUAUGUGCCCCAUUCAGUACGGCAUUCUACUCCAACGGAAAUAGAACAAACCAAGCGGAAACACGCACGACAAAAUAUUAACAAAAAAAACCAAAGUAAAAAAAAAAAGAAACCCCAAAGCCCGAAAGCCGCCGAGAACCCAGAGAAACCCAAAUCAAACAUGAAAAAGUUUUCCCUUACUUCGAAAUCGAAUAACUAAAAUGAUAAGAAGUCUAUAAAACAUAUAUGACUAAUUGAAAUGAAAUGUGCAAAUUGUGUAUCGUGUGGGACGAAACGAAAGGACUGAGAUUCCAGCAAACUGUAGACGCCAAGCGGUGCGGUGGUGCGGCGGUGCGUUUGGUUUACUACUUCUUGAUUCUGCUGCUGGCUGUAUUCAGCAAACAUUUGCUGCCGCUCCCGCUCCCGCUGCCGCUGCCGUGUGGCCUCCUCCACAGUUCUCUUUGCGAGCCAAGAAUUAUAAUUUCAUGAUUAUGAUGAUUGCUGCUUGAAGAAAUCAAUAGAAGGACAGGGAAAUGGCCACGACAACAGGCAAGACGAUGAGCAGCAGCUGUCAAAGUAUAGCCACUGCAGCAAGUAGUGCUGCCACUACAGUGGCUGCCGUCUCAAUCUCUGCCUCGAAUGCCACUUCAGUGGGUUCCCUUAUAGCAGCGCAACAGCAGCAGCACUCACAUCCGCACCCGCACCAGAGAGGUGAACCCAUGUCUCAGCACUAUGUCAAUGGCACCGGCAGUUUGGGUCGCUUGAAAUUUCACAAGAGUCUCGAUGCCAGCGAUGAGGAGCUUGAUUAUCCGCAGCUAUCGCAAUCCACUCAUAUACUGGGUCGUUAUAAAUCGGAACGUUUCCUGGCUGGCGUCUCUAAGCCCGAUGAGGAUCGUCGUCGUCGCACUAUUAUAGUGGAGAAGAAGGGCGAUUCAUAUGGAUUCACAUUGCAAAGCUAUGGCAUUCAUUACAAACGCGAUGAGGAGCUCGAAAUGAUUACCUAUGUCGAUUAUGUGGAAUAUGGUGGCCCUGCCUAUCGUGCGGGCAUGCGAGAAGGCGAUGUGAUACUCUCAAUAAAUGGCAGUGAUAUGGAAAAGGCCGAUCAUAAGACAAUUGUUGAAUUUAUCAAGCAAUGCGAUUCUAGGAUGCGUAUGGUUGUACUCUUCGAGGAUUGUGUUAGAAAGGUGGAUCUUCAUAUGCGUUAUAUACAACUACAAAGUAUGUUGCAGCAGAAAAUGAACGAACUGGAGCGUGUACAUUUGCGGGAACGUGAACUAUUGGAGGGCAAAUGGAAGACACACAGUUUGCCGGCACGUAAAAAGCAAAAUGCCCACAAUAAUAAUUCACCAAGUGAUGCUGAAGGCAUUUCACCCACUGAAAUGGGUGGUGCUGGUGACAUUGGCGGUGCUGGCGAUGCCAUUUACUAUCGUCCUACAUUGUCAACAGAAGAUGUGCCCAAACAAAUGCAAAUCGCUGCCGGUGGUAUAAGUGGCAUCGGCGGUGGUGGUGGUGGUGGUGGCGGUGCAAUUAUACCACCACCAGCUCAAUUUAUGUUAACCUAUCAUUAUCUAGAUCCCACAUAUCGUUAUGUUUUAAGACCACAUCAGCAUCCAGCUGCUGCUGCUGGUAGCGAUGACUAUUUGGAUGCCGUCAGUUUGCAGCGUAGUCAAAGUGAUCAAAAUCAACAGCAGAGAUUCAUUUUGCAACGGGCUGAAUCUAUGGAUACGAAUACCCCAGCCAGUCAAUAUCAUACGGUGGCAGGGCCAACAACAACAGCAACAACAAUAACUGGUGGUGGCAAACCACCUGCACCACCACCACGAACUUGUGAGAAACAUAAGCCACCGGCAAAGCCACCAAAAAUGGAAAAAACCAAAGGAUCGAGCAAACAUUGUCACAAGGGGCAUUCGUGUAAUCCAUGUUUGGGUCAUUUUCGUUGGAAAUCGACGGAGAAAACUUCAGCCAUACCACCCGGGGCUGGGGCAGGUGGUGGGGAUAAUGUUAGUUUGGAUGCCUAUGAUUUGGCUAGUCCUUGCUGUAAUACUGAAUGUGUGCCUACACGUCGACGACAUCAUCAUCAUCGGGAGCAUACCCACAAGCAUAAGCAUAGAGAAAGGGAGCGGGAAAGGGAUAAGGAGAAAGUGGAGCGCACAAGACCCAAGUCACAGUCACAUGCCUCACCCAAUUCCAAUUCCAAUGGUGGUGGUGGUGGUGCAACAGCUUCUCAUCAUCAUCAUCACCACCAUCAUCAUCAACAGCAGCAGCAGCAGCAGCAGCAGCCACAGCAACAGCAACAUAUACACUACCAUCCCCAGACAACAACGAAUCAAUCUCAAACGGGAAGCAUGCGUUCACGUUACUUUGACUUGGCAUCUGGUUUGGCCAGUCAUUGUAGUUUACAUUCCUGCACUUCCAGUGAAUUCGCACCAGCCGAUUCCACUUCCUAUACCACCUCGAUAAGCACGGAUACACUAUUCUGGGAUCCCAAGAGUGAGGCAAAUUCACGUCAACCAUCGACCAAAUCGAGGCAGUCAUCCUAUGACCAACAGCAGCCCCAGACCCAGUCUCAGCAGGCUCAGCCCCAGCCCCAGCCCCAACCACAUCAUCAUCAUCAUCAUCAUCCAAUCGGUGCUUAUCAUCAUCGCUAUCAUGUUAUGGCCACUCAAGUCCAACCAUCGCAAAUUUAUCCAAAUUUGCCUAUGGCCUAUGUACAAAAACCCAAAUCAUGGGAUAAUUUAGCAGCCACCACUGGUGGUGGAAGUGGUGGUGGUGGUGGUGGUGGUGUUGGUGGUGCUGCUACAUUGGGUGGUGCUAGUGCCACUUAUGGUUAUGGUUAUCUUGAUACUGUGGCAAUUAAACCACCAGUUAAGCUACAAAUUGCUCAACAACGACAUUCUAUGCCACGUAUACGUAAUCCUUAUGGUCGUUAUUCCACCUAUGGCGAUGUCGAGAACUAUGCCCCACCACCCACCGAGUUUGUGGGUGAAUUGACCACAACGACAACAACCACCAUUACAGCCAAAUCCACGGAGGAGCUACUGACCGCCUGUGAUUGCCUAACGCCGCAACAACAGCAGGCACUGAAGGCCGCCCAAUAUCAAUUAAGUCAAAAUCAAAAGAUGACCCAUCAGAAUUCAUGUCAAAUGGGUUACUAUUCCCAUUUACCAAGGCCCACCACAGAUGUGGGCACGUCCACUACGACAACCACCAGUAGCAGCAAUACCACCACCACCAAUAACAUGGGACAGCAGCAUCAUAAUGGAGCUGGUGAUGUGUCCACUGUAUCAGAGGCCACACGUUUGUAAGGUACAAAAGAAAACGAAUAUAAAUGAGUCCUCCAAAUGAAGAAUAGUCAAACAACCGUCUCGCUUUUCGAAUGGAAUUUUUGAGUUAUGAAUGCAUUUCUAUUAGUUGGUUAGUUAACUGAGAUAAAGUCAAUGAAUAAGGCAGAGCAAGGAAUGUAUUUGAAUAGUGAAUGCAACAUUAGUGAAAAUUGUAUCAAAGAUUGUAUGACCAAUAAUCUU